UGUUGCACCAUGCAAUAUCAUUUAAGGCUUAUAGUGAACAUUUUUGUCAUUACCUUAUUAGUUGGCAUCUUAGAGGGCAAUCAAAGUGGGAGUAAGACAGUCAAUGAACGUGAUAAGGAGAAAUUCUUGGCUAAUGCCCUGCAGGCUAUCAACGAAAUCGAAGUGCAAAGGCAAAUGGAAAAAGGAAAUCCAACUCCUGUCCCCCAGCAACGUCAGCGACUCAAUAGCAAACGUCUCAGAUGGCGCCAAAAUAACAGAUUUCUCCAAUGGCGACCCGAGAAGGAGAUUAAUGAGAAAGAUGUUGAUUCGAAGCAACAUAUAAUUACUUCAUCAUCAAUGUCUCAAAAUGUAAUUAUUCCGAAUGCUGAUUAUCUAAAUGUCAAGGAUUAUGCCCCAACAGAUCCACCUUGGUGGUUCAACUAAUUUGACGCAAUUUUUAGGUGACUAUUUUUUUCCAGUUCAUUAGUUAAUUACGGUUUAAGCAGAAAAAUAAAAU